CACCUUGCCCGGCCGUGGCCGAUCGAUCAAUGGUUCAGGAACCACUAGAACUACUGACUUCUGUCCGCUAAGCGCGACGUCUACGGCAACAACAUGCCCAGUGAGCAGACCCCGCUCAUCCAGAGCGUGCCUGUCGAGGAGAGGAGGGAAAGAUAUCCUAACACGAGAGUUCGCCGAAUUUGCACUAUCGCCUUGACCUCCGCUCUCUCCAUUGCCGCGAUUGUUUUCGUUGGAUUCGCUAUUGCGGGCAAGACAGUCUUCCCAAUCGGCGACGACUCCAAGUCACCAAACCAUGGUGGGCAGGUGCCACACUCUGGCUGGCCCGAGUCGGAAGGCAUCGACUACGAGGAUUUGAAGAAGACAUUAUUGGACACACCUGACGGAGAGAGGGCAAGGGAAUGGAAUCAGUACUAUAGUUCUGGCCCGCAUUUGGCGGGCAAGAACUUGAGUCAGGCAGAAUGGACGAGGGACAAAUGGGUCGAGUUUGGCGUACACCAUGCUGAGGUCGUGUCGUACGACGUCUAUAUCAACUAUCCGCUCGAUCAUCGGCUUGCGUUGUUGAAAGAUGGAAAGGUCGAGUUUGAGGCGACCUUGGAGGAAGAUGUACUCGAGGAAGACCCCACGACGAACCUAACCGACAGAGUUCCAACUUUUCACGGCUAUUCCGCGAGUGGAGAUGUCACGGCACCAUACGUCUUCGCCAACUACGGAACGUAUCAAGACUACGAAGACCUGGUCGACGCUGGCAUCGACAUUAAGGGCAAGAUAAUCCUGGUCAAGUAUGGCGGUAUCUUCAGAGGCUUGAAAGUCAAGCGAGCAUCGGAGCUUGGUGCUAUUGGUGUUAUUAUCUACGACGAUCCUGGCGAAGAUGGCGAGAUCACUGAAGAAAAAGGCUUGAAGCCAUACCCCGAUGGACCAGCAAGAAAUCCAAGUUCUGUUCAGAGAGGUAGUGUGGAGUAUCUGUCCGUCGCUCCUGGAGACCCAACUACCAUUGGCUACCCAUCGAAACCGGGAACUCCUCGUCAGUCUACGGACGGCAAGAUUCCAGACAUUCCAUCACUGCCAAUCAGUUACGCUGAAGCUCUGCCAUUGCUCAAAGCACUGAACGGCCACGGGCCAAAAGCAUCUUCUUUCAACAAGUACUGGCACAAGGGCGGCCUUGGCUACAAAGGCGUGGAAUACAACAUCGGACCAACUCCAGACUCGAUCACGAUCAACAUGAUGAACAAGCAGGAGUACGUGACCACUCCUCUUUGGAACGCCAUCGGCGUCAUCAAUGGCACUGUUUCUGACGAGGUGAUUGUCAUUGGCAACCAUCGAGAUGCCUGGAUCGCAGGAGGCGCAGGAGAUCCCAACUCCGGCUCAGCGGCUCUCAACGAAGUCAUCCGCUCUUUCGGCGUAGCCCUCAAAGCAGGCUGGAAACCCCACCGAACGAUCGUCUUCGCAAGCUGGGAUGGUGAAGAGUACGGCCUCAUUGGCAGCACCGAGUGGGUGGAGGAGUACCUUCCCUGGCUCUCGGCGUCCACCAUCGCCUACAUCAACGUUGACGUCGGCGCUCGCGGCCCUCACUUCGCCACCGCCGCGGCUCCGGUUUUGAACAAGGCUAUCUACGAGGUCACCAGCCAAGUACAGUCUCCAAACCAGACCGUCGAGGGCCAGACUGUCCGCGAUACCUGGAACGGACACAUUGAUACCAUGGGUUCCGGCAGCGACUUCACCGCCUUCCAGGACUUUGCCGGCAUCCCGUCCAUUGAUGUCGGGUUCGCCUCUAGUCGUUCUGACCCUGUAUACCACUAUCACUCCAACUACGACUCGUUCCACUGGAUGGAUAAAUACGGCGACCCGGGCUUCCAAUACCACAUGACAAUGGCCAAGAUCAUCGCUCUGCUCGCGGCGAAGCUGGUCGAGGAGCCCGUCGUGCAGUUCAAUGCCACAGACUAUGCGCUGGGCUUGAACAAGUACCUCUCCAGCCUGGAAAAGUCCAUCUCCACAACUUCCAUGUCCAAGUCGCCCCUCAGGAAACUUGAAAAGUCGAUCGACGCCUUCCUCAAGACGUCCAUCGCUUUCGACGCCCACGCCGCUAAGCUCUCGUCUCAACUUCGUUCACACUCCUCGUCCGCAAGACGCAAGCACAAGCUGUACAGGAAAGUUCGCGCGUUGAACACGAAGUACAAGCUCCUCGAGCGGCAGUUCUUGUAUCAACCGGGCCUGGACAGUCGAACGUGGUUCAAGCAUGUCGUGUUCGCUCCAGGUUUGUGGACUGGAUAUGCAGGGGCUACGUUUCCGGGUAUUGUGGAGGCUUACAAUGAGAAGGACAAGAAGGCGGUGGAGAAGUGGACAGGGAUCAUCAUCAAGGCUGUGGAGGAUGCGACGAAGUUGUUGGAGGAGUGA